CGCCCCACCCCGAGCGGAGGGGCGUGCGGGGCCCGCCGAGCCGUCCGGGAAGCGGCCCGCGCCGAGCCGCCGACCACCAUGAGCGCCGACGGCGCCGGGCUCCCUCCGCCCCGGCUCUGCAGCCUGGAGAAGGGGCCCAACGGCUACGGCUUCCACCUGCACGGCGAGAAGGGCAAACUGGGCCAGUUCAUCCGGCUGGUGGAGCCCGGCUCCCCGGCCGAGAAGGCGGGGCUGCUGGCCGGGGACCGCCUGGUGGAGGUGAACGGCGAGAACGUGGAGCGGGAGGGCCACCAGGUGGUGGUGGGCCGCAUCCGCGCCUCCCCCAACGCCGUGCGCCUCCUCGUGGUCGACCCCGCCACGGACGAGCGGCUGCAGAAGCUGGGCCUCCCCGGCCGCGACCACCUGCCGCACCAGCGGCCCGAGCCCCCCGCGCCCCCCGCGCCCCCCGCGCCCCCCGCCCCCGCCCCCGAGGAGCCGCCCCAGCGGGACGGAGGCCACGGUCUGCGGCCCGCCACCCCGGAACCGGCCGGCGCCGAGGAGGAACCGGAGAAGACCUCCUUGGGGCGGGAGCUGCGGCCCCGGCUGUGUGCUAUGAAGAAGGGCCCCAACGGCUACGGCUUCAACCUGCACAGCGACAAGAGCAAACCGGGCCAGUACAUCCGGGCGGUGGACCAGCACUCCCCGGCCCAGGCUGCCGGCCUGCGGGCCCAGGACCGCAUUGUCGAGGUGAACGGUGUGUGCGUGGAGGGCAAACAGCACGGGGAAGUGGUGUCCGCCAUCAAGGCCGGAGGGGAUGAGACCAAGCUGCUGGUGGUGGACCGGGAGACGGAUGAGUUUUUCAAGAAAUGCAGAGUGGUGCCCUCCCAGGAGCACCUGAGCGGUGCCCUGCCGGAACCGGUGGCCAACGGAGAAGUGGAGAAGGAGAGUAGCCGGGAAGUCCAUCUUGCCCCGGUGCCCGAGAGCCCAAGACCAGCGAUAGCCAGAUCCACCCUCAGUGUGACCAGCGAGGAGGUGAAUUCCCAGGAGAGCCCCAAGAAGGCAGACCCCACACCCACCCCCGGCUCCGACCCCGUACCGGACUUCGCCAUCUCCCUGGCGGCAGCCAAGGAGCGAGCACACCAGAAGCGCAGCAGCAAGCGGGCUCCCGCCAUGGACUGGAGUAAGAAAAACGAACUGUUCAGCAACCUCUGAGCCGCCUGUGGGGCCCCGGGGGGCCUCACGCCCCCACCCCUGACCCUGCCUGCCUCCCCCCAAAUCGAGGUACAAUCAGCACCAGCAUUUCUCCUCCCUCCAUCUACCCCGGUUUAGCGGGAGUCCAGUCUCCGCCCCGGCCCGACACCGAGAGCUUUGGCUUCUCUCGGGGCCCAGUCCACUCUGCUCCGGCCUCCACUGGCCCCAGACUGGCGGGGAGGCUGAUGGACUGGACUGUCCGGGGAGGGUCCAGAGAGUUGCUGUGGCCACCUCUGGGCUCCCAUGGCCACAGCUCCAACCCGCGGGGCGUGCUAGAGUUCCAGCCCCCACCCCCCCAUGGACACUGCCUUUUCAGGGCCGUGCGGAGCGAACACCGCCUUGAGGGAUUUUUUGUGAUUAAUGUGUGAUUCUUCUCAGCAGCCGGAGGCAGGAAGUAGCCCUAGUCUGACCUAGGCCCUCCUCCCUUCCGUCUCCGGCCUCGGGGGUGGGCUGGGGUGGGAAGCACCAUUUCAGCCCUGGUCAGGAGCAGGUGUUCUCCAGGCCGAGUUGUCUUGGGCCCAGAGCGGCUGCCGCUCUAUCCGUCUAGCCCCGUCCAGUUCUGACUGCUGUAACGUAACUUGUGCACAAAUCCAAUUGGUCCCUGCACCAGC